AUGGGCGCUGUCUUACCAUAUGGGCAGCUGGUCCGGUCUGCGGCCCGGACCCGUGUCGCGUGCGUCCCCCGGCGGACAUUGACUACAACCUCCAUCCGUUAUAACCAAAACGACCAACCCGGCCCUCAAAAGACCUCCUUCCUGUCAUCAAUGAAGAAUUGGGUUCUUGGUGGAAAGUCUGAUGGAAAGCCCAGGGCUCGCACACCAACUGCCCCCAAGCGCGAGGAAGGCGCACUCGGAUCAAGCUCUAUCUUUGCUGAAGACCUUGGCAACACUUCCGGGCCAUCACCCGCCCGCAAAAAGGAGCAGAACAAACAAGAUCAAGCAGUCGCGGAGGGCCCCGUGCCUCUGGAGAAGCGCAACAAGGACUACCUCCAAGUGGGUCUGAACCCCAACCCCAAGGCCCAGCUUCGGUGGGAGAAGAAGAUGGUCAUCCGUGAGAUCCGCAAACGCGGCCGUCUCCCCAAGGCCGUCCAGAUCAAGCGGACAGAGCGGGAAUCGCUAUCCAAGUCACAUUGGUUCAAGACCUCUGUCAAGAAGCUGGGUCCCCUGGCCCGCCAGAUUGCAGGCAAGAACAUCGAUGAGGCUAUCUUGCAGAUGCGUUUCAGCAAGAAGAAGGCCGCCCAGGACGUGCUAGGUCACCUGGAGCACGCGAAGAACGUUGCCAUGGUCCGUGCCGGCAUGGGCCUGCCGGAGGAGGGAGCUGAGCCCGCCAAGCCCCUCACCGUCGUCCUGAAGUCUGGUGAGCGCAAAACCGUCACCGACCCCACAAACAUCUACAUUCAACAAGCUUGGGUCAACCGUGGUCCCUAUGGAUUUGGUAUGGAUCACCGUGCCCGUGGUCAGAUCAACCGGCUGCGUCCCCCCGCCACUGGUCUCUCAGUUAUGUUGAAGGAAGAGAAGACCCGUAUUCGUGAGUGGGAGGAGCGGGAGGCUACUGCGCUGCGGAAGCGAAAGGAUCAGCUCUGGGUUCAGCUGCCGGACCGCAAGAUUUCUGCCCAGAACCAGUACUACAGCUGGUAA